AAUGGGUGUGCCUGGAGCCCGAGGACAAAGUCCUGUAAUAAAUUACAUGGGCCUGGAGGACUCUGCCAUUUCCUCUUGGGGCCCUUCUGCCUCUUCCUCCUCUCUCACACUCUCCCGCACACCCAGGGACCUGGCAUUGCCUCUUCGCCUGGCUCUUUCUGAGUGCCCAGGGCGGAGGGGAAGGCAGACACCCAGAUCCUCAUCCUGACAAGGUCUACCAGUUUUUGCCACAUGUAUUUUGAUGCGCUGUUGUUAGGCAUAUACAAGCUGUCAGGAGCCGCUGCCUCAGGAUGUCAGGCUUAAGACUGGGUGACCACGUGUGGCUGAACCCCACCUCUGCCAACAAGAUCAGUGUGGCCAUUGGAGGCAUCGUCAAAGAAACCAAGCCUGGCAAGAUCUUGGUUGAAGAUGAUGAGGGCAAGGAACACUGGAUCCAAGCAGGGGACCUUGACACUCUCAGCCCCAUGCACCCCAACUCGGCUGAGGGCGUGGAUGACAUGAUCCGCCUGGGGGACCUGAACGAGGCAGGCAUGGUGCACAACCUCCUGAUCCGCUACCAACAGCACAAAAUCUACACGUACACAGGCUCCAUCCUGGUGGCGGUGAACCCAUUCCAGGUGCUACCCCUUUACACCGUGGAGCAGAUACAGCUGUACUACAACCGCCACGUAGGGGAGCUGCCGCCACACAUCUUUGCCAUCGCCAACAGCUGCUACUUCAACAUGAAGAAGAACAAGAGGGACCAGUGCUGCAUUAUCAGUGGCGAGUCUGGAGCUGGUAAGACGGAGACCACCAAGCUCAUCCUGCAGUUCCUGGCCACCAUCAGUGGCCAGCAUUCAUGGAUUGAGCAGCAGGUCCUGGAGGCCAACCCCAUCCUGGAAGCCUUUGGAAAUGCCAAAACGAUCCGAAAUGACAACUCAAGCCGCUUCGGGAAGUACAUUGACAUCUACUUCAACUCCAGUGGGGUGAUCAAGGGGGCACGCAUUGAACAAUUUCUCCUGGAGAAAUCCCGGGUCUGUCGGCAGGCCCCAGAAGAGCGGAACUACCACAUUUUCUACUGCAUGCUCAUGGGAAUGAGCGCGGAGGAGAAGAAGCUGCUGGGACUGGGAACGCCCUCCGAAUACCACUACCUGACCAUGGGGAACUGCACCUCCUGUGAGGGCAUCAAUGACUCCAAGGACUACGCCCAUAUCCGCUCGGCCAUGAAGAUCCUCAUGUUCUCCGACUCUGAAAACUGGGACCUCAGCAAGCUGCUGGCCGCCAUUCUCCACCUGGGGAACGUGGAGUUCAUGGCUGCGGUCUUCGAGAAUCUGGACUCCUCUGAUGUGAUGGAGACGCCCGCCUUUCCUACAGCAAUGAAAUUACUGGAGGUGAAGGACCAGGCACUCCGAAACUGUCUGAUCAGGCACUCCAUCACCGUCCGUGGGGAGUUUGUCACCAGGCCCCUGAACCUUGUACAAGCUGCAGACCGAAGAGAUGCCUUCGUCAAGGGCAUUUAUGGACACCUCUUCCUAUGGAUUGUCGGAAAAAUCAAUGCUGCAAUUUUCACGCCACCUGAUCAGGACCCCAAAAAUGUGCGAAAGACCAUUGGCCUCCUGGACAUAUUUGGCUUUGAAAAUUUCCAGAAAAAUAGCUUUGAGCAGCUAUGCAUCAACCUAGCCAACGAGCACCUGCAGCAGCUCUUCGUGCAACACGUGUUCACUGUGGAGCAAGAGGAGUACCGUGCCGAGAACAUCGCCUGGGACUACAUCCACUACACCGACAACCGGCCCACCCUGGACCUGCUGGCCCUCAAGCCCAUGAGCAUCAUAUCCCUCCUGGAUGAAGAGAGCCACUUCCCACAGGGGACAGACACCACCUUGCUGCAAAAACUGAAGAGUGUCCACGCCAAAAACAAGGCCUUCCUGCAGCCCAAGAACAUCCAUGAUGCUCGAUUUGGCAUUGCCCAUUUCGCUGGCGAGGUGUACUACCAGACAGAAGGCUUCCUGGAGAAGAAUCGGGAUGUGCUGAGCGAGGACAUCCUCACCCUGGUCUACUCCUCCCAAAACAAGUUCCUGCGGGAGAUAUUCAGGCUGGAGUCAGUGGAGACCAAGCGGGGUCUGGGGACCAUCAUCCAGGCGAAUGCGGGCAGCCGGCUCUUCAAGUCCUCAGACUCCGGCAAGCGGCCCUCCACCUUGGCCAGCCAGUUCAAACAGUCCCUGGACAAGCUGAUGAAAAUCCUGACCAACUGCCAGCCCUACUUCGUCCGCUGCAUCAAACCCAAUGAGUACAAGAAGCCACUGCUCUUCGACAGGGAACUGUGUAUCCGGCAGCUGCGCUACUCGGGGAUGAUGGAGACCGUGCACAUCCGCAAGUCCGGCUUCCCCAUCCGCUACUCUUUCGAGGAGUUCUCGCAGAGGUUCCGCGUCCUGCUGCCCAGCGCCGUGCGCAAGGAGCUUCGGGACAAGUUUCGCCAGAUGGCCCUGCGUAUUGCUGAAAUGUGGCUGGGGACAGACAAAGACUGGAAAGUGGGAAAGACCAAAAUUUUUCUCAAGGAUAACCACGACACUCUUCUGGAGGUACAGAGGAGCCAGGCCCUGGACAAGGCCGCAGUCAGCAUCCAGAGGGUCCUGCGAGGCUACAAAUACAGGAAGGAAUUUCUGAGGCAGAGGCAGGCAGCUGUGACCCUCCAGGCUGGGUGGAGAGGCUACUACAACAGGAGGAACUUCAAGCUGAUCCUCCUGGGUUUUGAGCGCCUUCAGGCCAUUGCCCGCAGCCACCUGCUGACCAAGCAGUUCCAGGCCCUGAGACAGAGGAUGGUCCAACUGCAGGCCCUCUGCCGGGGCUACCUGGUGCGCCAGCAAGUUCAGGCCAGGAGAAAGGCCGUGGUGGUCAUCCAGGCAUACGCCAGGGGCAUGGCUGCCCGGCGGAACUUCAGGCGGCAGAAAGCCAGUGAGCCUCUGGCCAUCCCGGCUGUAGAGCAGAAGAGCCCAAACGUGGUCCCCAGCCGGAAGCGUAAGUCCAUCUACGACACCAUCACCGACACAGAGAUGGUAGAGCAGGUGUUCGGCUUCCUACCUUCCCUGGUCGGCGGGCAGGAGGGUCCAGCCCCACCACGCUUCGAGGAUCUAGACGUGAAGACCCAGAAGCUGCCCGAGGUCGACCUGGACACAGUCCCCAUGCUGGAGGAGCCCGAGGAGGAUGAGGACGGCCUGGCUGAGUACACCUUCCCCAAGUUCGCCAUGACCUACUUCCAGAAAUCCGCCAGCCACGUACACAUCCGGCGGCCCCUCCGAUACCCUCUUCUCUACCACGAGGACGAUGCUGACUGCUCGGCCGCCCUGGCUGUGUGGAGCAUCAUCCUGAGGUUCAUGGGGGACCUUCCGGAGCCAGUGCUCUUUGCCAGGAACACCCUGCGAGAUGGCUCGGUGAUGCGGCAGAUCCACGACGCCCUGGAUAAGGGGAGCAGCACUCAGCUUCCACAGCAAGGCGGAUCGUCACAGAGGCCCAGCCGCAGGGACAGAGGGACCAAGGACAUCUCAUCCAUGAAGCUGAAGCGGUCCUCCAGGGUCACAGGCCAGGUGGCCAGCCAGCUGAACAUUGGAGAAGAGGCGUCUGAUGGUCCCCUCUCAGAACGACCCAUGUCCAAUCUGGAGAAGGUGCAGUUCAUCGUGGGCUUCGCCAUCCUGCGGCCCAGUCUCAGGGAUGAGAUUUACUGCCAGAUCUGCAAGCAGCUGUCUGAGAACUACAAAAAGAGCAGCUUGGCCCGGGGCUGGAUCCUGCUUAGCCUGUGCCUGGGCUGCUUCCCGCCCUCCGAGAGGCUCAUGAAGUAUCUGCUGAACUUCAUUGGUCAAGGGCCAGCCAGCUACGGGCCCUUCUGUGCUGAGCGCCUGAAACGCACCUGUGUCAACGGGGUGCGCAUGGAGCCCCCCUCCUGGCUGGAGCUGCAGGCGGUCAAAUCCAAGAAGCACAUCCCCAUCCAUGUCACCUUGGCGACGGGCGAGAGCCUGACCAUUAUGGUGGACUCAGCCUCCACGUCUAGGGAAGUCUGCCUGCACAUCGCCCACAAACAGGGCCUCAGCGACUGCCUGGGCUUUUCUCUGCAGGUUGCCGUGUAUGACAAGUUCUGGUCCCUGGGCAGCGGGCGCGACCAUGUGAUGGAUGCUGUGGCCCAAUGUGAGCAGCUGGCCCGGGAGAGGGGGGAGACCGAGCGCCAGUCGCCUUGGCGCCUCUACUUCCGGAAGGAGUUCUUCACCCCGUGGCACAACUCCCAAGAGGACCCAGUCAGCACCCAGCUCAUUUAUCGCCAAAUCCUCCACGGGGUCUGGUCCAGCGAGUACAGCUUCGAGAAGGAGGAAGAGCUUGUAGCGUUUCUGGCUCAGCACUGCUAUGUGCAUCUUGGUGCCUCGGCGCGGAGUGAGGCCAUCCAGGAGCUGCUGCCCAGCUGCAUCCCCUCCAAGCUGUACAGGACCAAGACCCCAGAGAAGUGGGCCAGCCUGGUCACCGCCGUCCACACCAAGGCACCGUAUACCCAGAAGCGGGCCACACCACUGUCCGUACAAGAGCAGGUGGUGGACACCGCCUGCCUGCAGUGGCCACUGCUCUUCUCCCGUCUCUUUGAAGUCACCACACUCUCAGGCCCCCGACUGCCCAAGACUCAUCUGAUCCUGGCUGUUAACUGGAAGGGGCUGUACUUCCUGGACCAGAAGGAGAAAAUGCUCCUAGAGCUCUCUUUCCUAGAGAUCAUGAGUCUGAUCACCAACAGGGAGGCCCGAGGUGGGCAGAGGCUGGUGCUCUCCACACUGCACGAAGAGGAAUACGAGUUCCAGUCCCCCAGCAGCGUGGCCAUUGCUGAGCUGGUGGCCCUGUUUCUGGAGGGCUUGAAGGAGAGGUCCGUUUUCACCAUGGCUCUGCAGGACAGGAAGGCCACAGAUGACGUCACUUUCCUGCCCUUCAAGAAGGGGGACUUACUGAUCCUGACAAAGAAGCAGGGGCUGCUGGCUUCUGAGGACUGGACCCUGGCCCAGAAUGACAGGACAGGCAAGACGGGGCUGGUGCCCACAGCCUGCCUCUAUGCCAUCCCAACAGUCACCAAGCCCUCGGCACAGCUGCUGAGCUUGCUCGCCAUGUCACCUGAGAAGCGGAAGGUAGCAGCCCAGGAGGGGAGGUUGGCAGAGCCACCGCCAGAGGAGCAGCCUGAGGAGAAGCUGCACACCCUGGAGGAAUUCUCCUACGAGUUUUUUAGGGCCCCAGAGAAGGAGACACUCAGCAGAGCCAUGCUCCCCAUGGCCCGAACCCGGGGCCACCUGUGGGCCCACUCACCUGAGCCGCUGCGGCAGCCCCUGCUCAAGCGCGUCCAUGCCAAUGUUGAGCUGCGAGAUGUCGCCUGUCAGAUCUUCAUCGCCAUCCUCAGGUACAUGGGCGACUACCCUUCUCGACAGGCCUGGACCUCCCUGGAGCUCACCGACCAGAUCUUCUCGUUGGCGCUCCAGGAUGCAGCCCUGCAGGAUGAGGUCUACUGCCAGAUCCUGAAGCAGCUGACGCACAAUACCAAGAGGUACAGCGAGGAGCGGGGCUGGCAGCUGCUAUGGCUCUGCACCGGCCUCUUCCCGCCCAGCAAGGCGCUGCUGCCCCACGCCCAGAAGUUCAUAGACACUCGGAGAAGGAAGGUGCUAGCCCCCGACUGUAGCUGCCGGAUCCAGCGGGUACUGAGAAUGGGGCCCCGGAAGCAGCCCCCACACCACGUGGAAGUGGAGGCCGUGGAGCAGAACAUCUUCCGAAUCUGCCACAAGAUCUACCUGCCCAACAACACAGACGAGAUGCUGGAGGUGGGCACCAACGCCCGGGUGCGAGAUGUCUGUGAGAGCGUUGCCACCCGGCUGCAGCUUGCCUCCUGGGAGGGUUGCAGCCUCUUCAUCAAGAUCUCAGACAAGGUCAUCAGCCAGAAGGAGGGAGACUUCUUCUUUGACUCUUUGCGACAAGUGUCUGACUGGGUGAAGAAGAACAAGCCUCAGAAAGAAGGGGCCCGGGUGACACUCCCCUACCAGGUGUACUUCAUGCGGAAACUGUGGCUCAACGUGGCCCCGGGGAAAGAUGUGAAUGCGGACACCAUACUCCAUUACCAUCAGGAGCUGCCCAAGUACCUGCGCGGGUUCCACAAGUGUUCGCAAGAGGAUGCCAUCCACCUGGCAGGCCUCAUCUACAAGGCCCAGUUUGCUGAUGACCGAUCCCAGCUAGCCAGUAUCCCCAAGAUCCUGAGGGAGCUCGUGCCCGAGAACUUCACACGCCUGAUGUCCUCAGAGGAGUGGAAAAAGAACAUCCUCCUGGCCUAUGACAAGCACAGGGACAAGACAGUGGAGGAGGCCAAGGUGGCCUUCCUGAAGUGGAUCUGCCGGUGGCCCACAUUCGGGUCUGCCUUCUUCGAGGUGAAGCAAACUUCGGAGCCCUCCUACCCGGACAUCGUCCUCAUCGCCAUCAAUCGGCACGGAGUCCUGCUCAUCCACCCCAAGACCAAGGACCUACUCACCACCUACCCCUUCACCAAGAUCGCCAGCUGGAGCAGCGGCAGCACCUACUUCCACAUGGUGCUGGGGAGUCUGGGCCGGGGCAGCCGCCUGCUGUGUGAGACCUCACUGGGCUACAAGAUGGACGACCUGCUGACCUCAUAUGUGCAGACAUUGAUGAGUGCUGUGAACAAGCAGCGGGGCUCCAGGGCCCCCCCAGCCAACCCAUAGCAGCAGGGGCUCUCUUGUCCACUCAGCCACCCUCCCCAAUCGGGGGGUCCUAGUGACACUUCCCUAGGGCCCUCCACUCGGCCCAGGGCCUGCCCUCUGCAGGCAGCCUUACAUGUCGCUCUCUCCCCAGAACACCACUCCUCAACACCCCUGGGCACCUGGGGGGCCUCCCCCAGGUGCUGUGAGGGCCAAAGGAGGGAGCCCAGGACAGGCCUCCAGGCCAGCGGGUGGAUGGCAGAGAGGAUGUUCAAUAAAAGUCCACGCAGCAA